AUGAGACUAGUUCGAUGUUUCAUGCUCAGCUUUGUCUUGAUCAAAGCAUUAGAUUGCUUGGUGCCUAGCGCAGCAGCUCAACCAACUGUUGAAGAGAUGCCUUCAAAUUCCCCAAUUCAUCCUACAAGUAUUGUCAAUGCAAGUUAUGAUACCAGAUUCAAUCAAUCGGAAGACGACGCAUCUUCGUUUGAACAAGAUAGGAUAUCACCGCUUUGGUUUUGCUUUGUUCUGGCACCGCUGAUCUAUUUCGCUUAUCAAUCAUAUUUGAAUACUGAACGGAUAUCCACUUUUCUGAAACCGAGCCACGAUUCAUCGAUCCCAUUCGCAUCAUCCGUUGGAACUAUGGCAUUACUCUGUGCUGUCGUCUUGGCACAGAUAUCUUUUGAUCAGAGCUCGAUUGUUUCAUCGUGUACUUUCUUCUCAACAUGGUAUAUGCAGAAAUUGGAAGCAAACCCUCUGGUUACCAAUUGCCUGACGAGUGCAGUCUUUACAUGGGUGGGUGACGUUAUAGCCCAAGGGUUUGGAGAAAUGAUACAUUCGGACAAGUCCUUCUUCGAAAACUAUGAUAAGCGUCGAGGGUUUGCAUUCAUUCUGGAUGGUAUCAUUCUUUCAGGCCCACUGCUACAUUAUUCCUUUGAACUUAUGGAGAGCAUUUUUCCUACGGAAGGAGAGGAUGGCACCAUUCUAUCAUCCAUCAUUCAUGUUUUCUUGACCGACUACGUUGUCGACACCAUCUAUAUCUUCCUUUCCUUUGUCUUGGUGGCAAUGGUCGAAGGUGAAGUUCACGACCUGAAAAAGAUUCUGAGGCAGAACUUUUUGUCCACCGUCAAGGCGAGUGGGUUCACCAACCUUUCUCUGGCCCCGUUCGAGUUUGUCUGUUUUCGAUACCUCUCUGUGGGCUACAGAGUUUUGGUUAUGAACAUGAUUGACGUCAUUUGGCAAGCGGUUGUUUCAUUCUUUGCACACCGCGGUCGAAAGCAUGCUCAUCAAGAUCCUGUCGAUUAUGAAGGCGAUAAAGCUUCGCUGAUUGCUCCAACUGCUGCUGGAUGA